UUGCGUCCUUCGUGAGAUUCACACUGUCAGAAGGAGAUUGUGAGGACUGUAACGAGCUCUGCGCGACUGCUCUGACAUUCUUGCUUGAGAAUUCGAGAUGGCCCGAUCGGUGGUCGUAACGAGGACUCUGGACUCGGCACGAUGUGCUGCAACGAGCUUGAAGAAGGCGGUGGUCUGGGAGCCUCGAGCGAGAGAGACGAAGAAGGAGAAGGAGGAGAACCCGAAGAGAGCGGAAGAGAGCAGAAGAAGAUGGAUUCUGAUGUACACCCUCGCACACGAGGUGCUCAUGUACGACUCACACACGAACUCGUUUUACGAGCCGGCGCACAAUGCUCUGAGGAAUAUCCAGAGGGAGCUCGGAUCGCAGUACCGCCUCAACCUGGCAGAAGAAAGCGCAAGUGGGCUCAUCUUCUGCUACGGUGUGAGACCGACGAGCCGACAUCGCUCGAUGACAUUCGGCCUGCAGAUCUGGGCCUGCAACCCUGUCACUGGAAAGGUCCACAAACUGCCUCCUUAUGUCGAUCUGGAGAGCGGCAAGCACGAGAUCCAUCUGACUCCGGUCCAGGUCCAGGUGCACGACGUGUCUGCCGGGUCCUACCAUUUGUAUGUCACCACGACACCUGCUCGUGCGCCGCCUCCCGGCGCAUCGGCGGAGAUGAAGAUUUACAGGUACUCGUCUGAGGUACGGGACUGGACUCGGCUCAGAUGUCCCUUCCCGGUGAAGAUGAGGAUCGCCAGCAGCACGGCGCUGGAGAGAUUCCAGCACGCGAGUGCGAGCCUGAGCAUGUCGGAGGCCAUUUCUAGCACCUCGUGGCGGCGGGCGACGACGAGAGUGCAAGCGCUCCGUCGGUGCGGCGGCGGACGGGACGAUGAGAGCAGUCUGAUCAGAGGAGCUUCGUGGACCGAAGCGUUCAAGAGAAACGGAGAGCUGCUCCUCGUCGUCGUGGAGAGAGACGACGAGGACCUCCACUGCCUUGGAUGCAGCAUUUACUCGUUGCCCUCUCUGAACUUGGAUGACCCGUCGAAGUCCUCGUCCAAUUCGCCCCUUCUUCGCCGGCGACAACAACAACAAUCAGCCCGCAAAGGACUCAACCACGCAUCCAAACCUGCAGCAGCUCCAUGGAAGCAGGAAUCUCACUCGGAGACGAAGAAUCCACCGCUCUCCUUGACUAAGCUGGCAUCCAUGCCUGCAGACAUGUUUCUGAGACUGCACGGUAAUCCACCUCAAGAAUGCACGAAAGAUGAAGCCAGAUCCAGCCAAUUCGACGUUUGCAGAACCUCCAGCAACAGCGGCAAUCGUCGAACACCAUCACAGCAGUCGACGGCUUCCGAAAAAACAGAAGAGGGAAGCUGCAGGAGUUUUCUACGUGUCUUUGCUGAUUCCAGCGACGAUCAUUUGCUGUUCUUCAGUGUCCUUACCGGAGAGAUUGCUCGAUUCUCCCUCGGAAGUAAAGAGUGGACUUCAUCAUCCAUGCACGACACAACAACAACGACGGCAAGUGAUACACACGAUGGACGCUCUGGGAGAUUGGGUCCGUCUAUCCAGCAGCUGAACCACUUCCGAGCAGACUGGAUGAAACUCGUCCAUGUCACAGGACUGAUCGAUUUUCGAGGAAUUGUAUUCGACCCUCGGCCUGGCAUGAAUCCGCAGUAAAUGUCGGGUAUCAACCAUUCUCCUGAUUUUUCAAUUCAGGUGACCAAAUUCCAGUUCCAAACUCAGAGUCAUGGAACCUGACAGCGACACAUUGAUCUACGUUCGUUCCUCUGAUGCUUGGGAGAACCUACUAUCGAUCAAUCCUGUGGUGUAUUUUGAAGUAAAUCGGUAUCUCGAUCGAUCAGAUAGACCGUAUCGACACUAGGAGUGAUUCAAUAAAGUACAGACAAGAAAGGUGAUCAUUUGUGUCAACAGAUUAUUUCCAGGUCCUAGCACCUGGAGUCCAAUAGAAGUAUUCGUCCCACCUUCCCAAAGGUUGAAGUCGGUGUGACUAAAUUUUAACUACAAGGAGUAAAUCGAUGGUCUGCAAAAGA